AUGUAUUCACGAAAUAUGAUUCCUAAUAAGGUGACAUAUAAUUCUCUUAUUUAUGGAUUUUGCAAAUCUGGAAGAAUCUCAUAUGUGUUGGAUCUUAUUGAUGACAUGCGCGAUAGAGGUCAACCCGCUAAUGUGAUCACCUACACUUCCUUAAUAAAUGCUUUGUGCAAAAGCCAUAAUCUUGACAUGGCGAUUGCAUUGUUUAUGAAAAUUAAGGAUCGGGGUAUUCAGGCAUAUGUGUACACAUACACAGUACUAAUUGACGGAUUGUGCAAAGGUGGAAGACUUAAGAAUGCACUAGAGGGCUUGUUUGAUGAAGUAUUCACUUUGCUUUCAAAAAUGGAAGACAAUGGUUGCAUUCCCGAUGCCAUAACUUAUGAAAUAGUUAUCUGUGCUCUAUUCGAAAAAGGCAAGAUAGAUAUGGUGGAGAAACUUCUUUGUGAAAUGAUUGCUAGAGGUCUAUUAUAA